AAAUUGAUGAUAACGUACAUAGUCAAUUCCACGAAAUAUGACUUCCUUCCGAUUUUGCUGCAAUGAUUACCUCCGGACCGAAGUUAUGUUAUUUCUUUCGAAUUAUUGAAAGGAAAGCCGGAAACUCCCGGAAGUAACGGACCGUAAGUAGACGGGAAACUGGACACUACAAUCACAUCGGACGUAAAGAUCAGAGACAGAAAAAGUCUUCUAGAUACAACUUAAUUUUUGGGAACUUUUCACGUUUCUAUGGGUUUUGAAACGUCGUAAGAUGCGAAGAAAAACUCACAGAUGGCUUGGUAAGCUUUCAAGCCGAAGUACUGACUAACUUCGCUAUGUUUCUGCGGGCGAAGAGAAAGGACAAGAAGAGUGACUCAGCCCCUUCUGUUAGCCCUGGCCAUCAAAUUAUUCAACCAGAAGACCUAAUUAUUGUGCAAGGAUUAGGUGAAGGGCAGUAUGGUAUUGUGGAGCUGGGAAAGUGGAAACCACCAAAUGCAAAAGAUGAGAUACUAGUGGCAGUCAAAUCCAUCAAGGAUACUGGAGAAGAACAGCUAAGAGAGGUUCUUAUGGAAGUGAAUACUAUGCAACGACUCUCUCAUGAUAACAUAGUAAAAUUGUUUGGUGUUACUCUUCCUUCAAGAGAUACAGAACAACUUAAGCUGAUAACAGAAUAUGCCGCUUAUGGUUCUCUGGAAGAUAACCUUCUGAAAAAAGAAAGGGAUAUAUGCCUGGUGUCUUCUUUCUGUAAAUUUGCCAUGCAAGUGGCACAUGGAAUGAACUACCUGGCCAAACAGAAUUUAGUCCAUCGUGAUUUAUCAGCAAGAAAUAUUCUGGUCUUUACACCAACUUUGGUGAAGGUAAGUGACUUUGGUUUGGCGCGAUCACUAGAAGGAAGAGCUGCACAGAUCACAGUUCACAGAAAGAUGGCAAUUGCUUGGUUACCACCAGAGGCUAUAAUGGAGAAUCAGUUUAUGCUUUCAAGUGAUGUGUGGAGUUAUGGGAUCACUCUUUGGGAGAUGUUUUCCUUUGGUCAAACGCCUUGGGCUGAAAUGUCACCUCUGCAGAUCAAGAUGAUGCUUGUGAAUGAACCAGACAAACAUCUUCUAAAACCCGAUGCAUGUCCAGAUGGAUUUUAUGACGUCAUGUUAAGCUGUUGGAAGCGUGAUGCAAAAGAAAGACCACCAUUUGAGGAAAUUUUCGAAAGAGUAUCAAAAUUACAGCCCAAAGAGGCAAUAACAAAAGUCACACACAACACUAAGGAGGAGGGCCAUCUCAGUUACAAGAAUAAAGUGAAAGUGACAGUCAUCAGAAGAAUAGAGGAUGGUAUGCUGUAUGUUGAAAGUGAAUUUGGUAAUAUUGGGUUGGUACAUGAGAAGAAUUUGGACUUCAACAAAAAAGCCCUGCAAAGACAUGCAAGUAACAAUCCGACGAAUAAUAUCGGCCGACCAUUUAACUUUUCAAGAAAAGACCCCAAACAAGCGUUCAGCCACUUGCAAAAGGAUGCCGCCGCCACUCCUGGGAAAACAAUCACUGGGGUUGUAGAGGACAGUGGCGCUAAAAAUUUGAUGGACUUUGGAGACGAUAUAGCACGCGACCCCACAAAUCCGCUUAGUCCAGAUCGUUCCUCAGGUCACCCAGGCAUAAAUCAUGGGAAUAUGCCUCAGGCUACCACUGCUAAGCGAUGCCCUAAAUAUAUUUCCAUGAGUGGCAGGAAGCUUGCCCCAGAAUGUGUUCCUGAGGAAACGCUGAGUUUGGAGGAAGAUUAUAUGAGUAUGGACCAUCAGAAUCGUGUUCCUCAAGGCACUAAUGGCGGUGAAUAUGCUAUGCUCAAGGAGGACGCAAGGCCGUCACCGGGGACACAUUUAGAAUCAGAAGCUCAUGGAUUGGAAACCGAAGUGGAAUACGCUAUUCCAUAUUCAACACGUAAGGACAGAAGUGGUUUGACAGUUAAUCCUUCACACGGGCUUUCAUUAAGCUGGAAUCAAAGUGCUGGUACGCACACGCUCGAAAUUCCUCCUCGUCUAGACCCUCACACCAACACAAUAAAUACCACAGGAGCCAGUACAAGCUUCCCUUCUGAGAGAGAAUUAUCCUCUAGCCCUUUUGGAACAACACCGAGGAAGAAACCUGUUCCAACCCCGAGAAAAAAGAAAUCUCAAUCAGCUUCCGAUGAUUUUUCAGAUACAAAUCGAAUGGAUGAUACAAAUUCUUCUGAUACCAAUGACGAUUUUCCCAGACGUUCCAAUUCAGAGAGUAGUUAUACUCCAGUCACACAAAAUGGAACCCAUGAGUCCCCUUAUAAAAAGGUACCUCCUCCAGUUCCUGUUCCAUAUCAUUGCUCAAAACGCAUGCCAAAAACGAUUGAAGAUCGUAGUAAUGAAGUGGGUCUCGGCGAAAUUGCUGAGCUGAGCCUGGAAGGACGGCCAGAUGUGGGAGAUGAAGACGAGAACGAGUUUCCGUUAGACCUGCAAGACCUGCGGUGGCAAGCAGAUUUAAGGUCUGAGCAACCAGUGAAGAACAAACAUUACAUCACUAUCAAAACUCCUGUUCCCAAUGGGGAAUCCUUUACAUUUCCGAAUCCACAAGGUCAAGAAUUGUGUAGCGGGCCCCAAACUGCUACUUCAACGGUCGAAGGUUCUCUUGGCGCGGCCUUUAAUGACUAUCUAACACAAGAUCACGUGUACGAGAAUGCUAAAACGUUAAAGCCGUCACCAGGUAACCCAAGAGAUCUUUCACCCAAUGGAGAGGGUAAUUUUGAGGAUACUCAACCAAUUUACGACAAACCACUCAAUUUACCGAUGCCACCAGAAAUUCCACCGCAAGUCUUAAACCAGCCCCCACCAUCCCCCAAUGAUCUCUUUGGUGGACCUAACCACCAACCUCCCGUCUUUGCUGGCUGGGAGAAUGCGCCGGGUACGAAUGAUUGGCCCUACGGCGUCGAACACAUGAAUGCAGUGAACCAACCUCCAAUUUUGACUGCCCAAUUUGAUGAAUCACACGAACCAUUCAAUCCUGUUGGACCUGCCAACCCAGUUCAACCUGUUGAUCCAGCUACCCAACCUGAUGAUCAAGUUCAAACUGCCGAGGAAGGGACAUAUGGGGAGGAAAGUGAUGGAAGGAUACGGGAGAUUCGCCAGGUCUGUGGGGAAGAGUUAGCUCGAGACUGGUGUUAUGCAGCUCUGUUACAGUAUCAAGGCGAUGUGGAACAGGUUGUUCGAAUGGCCAAAACACAAAAACUAUCCAAAAUUACCGGCAAAUCUGAGGGGUUUUGUGAAAGAACUUUGACACACUGUUCUUGGAAUUUAAAUCGUGCAGCUGAAUACAUUAUUGAAAACUUUGAGAACAAAGAGGUAUGAACCUUCUUCUGAGGUAGGGUGAAUUUUUGCUAACUGAGCUCAGUUAGUGGGAAUUCUCUUCACCGUUAAUCACAUUCUUCACUGGAUAAUUUGUACCAUCCAGUGCGUUUGUUGCGUUGAUAUUCAAUUCAAAUGUAGACCCGUUUACUCUUUAGCUCUCAGAAGCGAUUAACUCUUUCACUCCCAAGAUCUCAUGAGUAAUUCCUCACUGUACGCCCUAUAGUUCUUAUGAUGUUAGUUAGGAGAAUUUGGUUUAAGGUUAAGUUUAAGUUUAAUUUAUUCGCCACAGGAAUGGUAG